AUGACAAUCCGUCAGCGUUUUGGAAUGCUAUCAAGUGUCAUCAGAAACAUUCGAUAUGGGGAAGACCUGAAGAAUGAAGAGCUGCUUCCACGAAUCAGGUGUCCCCAACACUCAUUCGCUUAUGACAAUCGCUGCUAUGCCUUCUAUAUGUCACCAAAAUCCUGGAUGGAUGCAGCUUUCAAAUGCAGAAAACGUCCCUAUGGAGAUCUUGUAUCUGUGUUGACUGAGUCUGAGGCCAACUUUGUGGCCACCCUCAUCAACGAGAGUAAUAAUGAAACCCCUCUCGUCUGGAUUGGCCUCCAUGACCCCUCAGAGGGUUCAUUUCCAAAUACAUGGGAGUGGAUUGCCAGCAAUGUGAUGGACUAUGUUGCCUGGGAGUACGGUGUGCCAACUGGUUCAGGCUACCGUGGGACCGUUUCCUAUAGAUCAGGCUACAAAUACUGGAAAGGCCAUGACUGUACAAAGCACUUACCAUACGUCUGCAAGUUUAGGUACUAG